AUGUCAAACAAAACGUCAAAUUCAGCAAACGUCAUCAUUGUCAUUCGCCUUGCUACGUGGACGCGACCUGCACCCGCAAGUUCUACGAGUGUCGGAGCCGGAAGUCGGUCUCCCUCGAAAAUGACUGCUGCACGUCCCGCAGGCGCUGGAGCCAGCAACUUGAAGCAGAGAAAAACAACGAGCAGCAGCAGUACGACGGCAGCACGCAGUGGUCGCGGAACGGGAGCCGGCACCGGAGGCAUGUGGCGUUUCUACACCGACGACUCGCCCGGCAUCAAAGUUGGACCUGUGCCCGUUUUGGUCAUGUCUUUGUUGUUCAUUGCGUCAGUCUUCAUGUUGCACAUCUGGGGAAAAUACACAAGAGCCUAA